GAAGCAAGUUAGUAGCAACGCGAGCUUCUGAGAAGUAGCGCCGUGCGUCGACGACCAACGUUUUGCCACCAAAAAAAAGCUUGAAGUUGGGGUGGAAAUCAAAGGCAUUUUCUCGUCUCACCCCUGAUUACGGGUGUGCGUAAUAGAGAGGAAAUUAAAAAUAAAGUCUACGCAAAUAACCUCGACUACUAAGAAGUGUGUACUCGUAGUGUUUUUUGUGGUGGUAACGGUGAAAGAAAGUGUCGCCUGAAGGCUUAGCGUGUGUGAUAGCCCUAACUGUUUUGGACACAGAAACAACACGAGGCAAACAACUCUACAUCAGGACACGACCAUAGAGUUGGACUCUGCCGCCAUCUGAAAAAAAAAGCGAGUGUGGCGCAAAACGAGGGGUGGAAAGCUGCUGCUGUUUACGGGGGGAACGAAUGGAUUGGCGUAUGGUGGGAGAGUGCAAUUGCUAAGUGAAAAUGAAAGUAGUUUGACAUUCAAGAGCCACGUUGCGUCUAGAAACUUGAGAAAAAACAAGCCAAAUUUGGAAGAAGAAAGAGAAAAAAAAAACAUUUGUUUAUUAUGGAGACACUAACGGUGACGGUGGACAAGGAGUUUGGCAGCGCCAUGGGUGCCCUGUUCCACCAAAUCAUCACCGACAUGAAGGUUGGCGCUCCACUCUGGGAAGAUUUCUUAUCGAAAGCCUCAAAACUUCACACAGCGCUCAAAUCGACGUUAUCAGUCAUUGCCGCCUAUUUGGAUGCCUUUCAGAAGAUUGCCGACUCGGCUACCAACGCUAAAGGAGCCACCAAAGAUAUCGGCACGGUCCUCACACGAAUCUGCCUGCGCCACAAAGCCGUCGAAGCCCGUCUUAAAACAUUCACCAGCGCCCUGAUGGAGUGUCUUGUUCUUCCAUUACACGACAAAUUGGAAGAAUGGAAGAAGAUGGUGGUGAAUCUUGACAAGGAGCACUCCAAAGAGUACAAGAAAGUGAGAGCGGAUAUUAAGAAGAGGACGGCCGAGGCUCAGCGAUGGCAAAAGAAAGCUAAAAAGAUCCGCAGCGGAAUGGCUGGAGGAGGCAGUCACGCAACUGGAAUGAUGGCCCAACAAAUGAACCCCACCGGUGCCAAUGACCGCCAAUUGAACGCUGCCAAUCAGGAGCUUCUCCGUGCAGCUGAUGCCGCUCAAAUCGACCUCAAUUCACGCCUUGCCCUUCUCCAGGAAACGGAAAAGCAAGCGCUGAAAUCAGCUCUGGUAGAAGAACGGAGUCGUUAUUGCCUCUUUGUCGCUUGUCUCAAGCCCGUCAUGAGCGAAGAAAUGUCGAUGAUGGCCGAAUUGAGUCACCUGGAGGAGAUCAUUACCCAACUGGACAAGCAUACAGCUGAUCCCUUCUCGCUGCCAUCAUCCACUGAACAAAUGAUUUCCGAAUUAAAAGGCACGACGGACCACAAUCACUGGGCUCUGCAGACGCCACCGAGUAGUCCCAGCUCGUUGGGAUCGAGAAAGUCUUCCAUGUGCAGUUUGGGCUCGAUUCACAGCUCAUCCAGCGGAAGCGUCGCUUCUCAUUCCCAAAAUCACCAAUUAAUGAAUUCGCCUAGUCAUGCAAUGCAGCAACAACAGCAACAUAUCCGGCACCGAUCGCUGUCUCAAGUGGCCGGAGUCAACGCCGGAGUGAGACUGUCUAGCGUUUCUUCACAGGAUUCCGGUUUCACUUCUCAAGACACGCUGGUUCUCUACAGACCCAAUUCAUCUCCGCCAUCGAAUCAAUUGUUGGCCCAAGAGGUGGAACUCGUGUCUUCGAGCAAUUCCAGUGGAGAGUGUUCGAGUUCCAACAGCAACUCGAGCACGCCCUGCACGCCCUACCCGCCCGGCAUGGGUUCUACCUGGCCUAACCUUCAAGAAACGGUCCAAUACGAUAGACAAGCGAGCAAUAGUACGGUAAUGAUCAAUGAAAGACCUCACACUAUUUCAACGGCUUACGAGAAAGGACAUCAUCAACGAGCUGCUCUGUCCGUCUACACAUUCCAACCGCUGGAACAAUACUCUUCAUCGUCGUCGACCACUGGCCAAAGUUCGUGCACCAGCAGCACGGAUAAAUUCGAUCGGGCUAAUAAUUCGACACCGACCGAAUCGCCGGAAUACGAGACGUUGAGACGAUGUCGCGAAUUAAAGACCGACGGCGGCAACAACGGAAGCCAAGAGAGUCUGGGAACGACGACAGGCACCGCGGGCAGGCCGCCGCUACCGCAACGUUGCUCGUCUCUGGAACGUCCUGUCGUGCCGCCGCCGGGUAAAACAAAAUCGGAGAAAGUCAACAAGAAAAACUCUUUAGUUUUACAGCAACAGACGGACAAUCAACAGCCCGCAUCCUCAAUCUUGCCCGAUUUUCAUCAAGCAGCGCCUGAUAUGAUUGUCCCUCAACCAGUUUAUAUGAACGCCAGUGAACUGCGACAACAGGCGGCCGCCAUGAAUGGAGACGAUCCCGCUUCUCACGCCAUCUAUACAUCGUUGGCUUCGUGCACCGUUUACGAGGAUGGUCAAGCAUGUUCGUGUCAUGGCCCAUCAAGAGACUCGAUGUGGCGCCAUCAACCUCAGCAUCACAAUCAAACCUUUCCUCCUCCUCCUCCUCCUCCGGCUUGUAGUUCGAGGCCACUUUUGCGCAGACCGGCCUCGUUUUCAGGCUACGUCGAUCAGGGAUCGAUGGCCGGAUCGGAUUGGAAUGCCAGGGGUAGUGUGCGCAUGUCAACAAUGAAACGGACGUCCAUCCCAUCGUUUGCUACCCUCCAUGAAGUCAGCAAUGUCGACGAAGCUCAUCACACCGACGACGUUAACCUGGUUCCGCCCCUUCCGGAAGUGAAUGUGGUGGCGCCUUCGUCGGUCGACGAGAUUGAUUUGGCCGCUUUACCUCCUCCGCCGGAUUUCCUACUAGAAACGGCCGAGGAAGAUGUCAGCCCUGCGCCAGUCCCGAAAGAGGCCAUCAUUCCAGAGCGUUCCUUGAGCGUGGCGGAUGCCGUCAAAACGUUGAACGAAAUACGUCAUCAACCGGCUAGUCCGGGUGUGGUCCGUCGAGCUCAGUCGAUGCGAGCAACAACCGAUUCAUCAUCGACGUUGAUGCACGGCCGUGGCCAUCAUCCGCCGACCGUAUUGGCUAAAACGCUGGGCACCACGCCCAAGGCCCAACGGCAUUUGGAUCAGCACCACGCCCAUCAUACGUUUACGUUGACUAAGAAUUUGAUGGCCAAAGCGACGCCGGUCAAUCACAACAAGACGCUGCCCAAACAGAUGCCCAGUCAUCCUACCGAUGUCGGUGGUCAGAGUAAAGUCGUUUCAGGCUUGUUGUCAAAGUCCAGUUUUGUCCAUCAACUGAAUGCGAAAUUAGCGCAACAGCAACAUGGGCAUUCGCCAGGUGGCCAAGCGGAAUCCGCUUCGCACGGACAGCGCAACAGUCGCAAUCAUCACGAUGGCCAACAACAUCAACAGUCAAACGAUCACCAUCGCGAAUCGUUGAUGGAUCAAAUACGACGCGGCACUUCACUCCGCCGUGCUCGAUCCACUUCCGAUCGGUCCUCUCCCCACUUCAAACAUUGAACUCUGUUUAUUUUUUUUUUAGCGAGGAUUCCUUCUAUUUCCGUGCGGAUAUUGGAAGACGUUUGUGUAACAGGCAGCACAGUCAGGGAUUUACCAAGUGCCACUAGAGCCCCCGAACUUUCUUUUUCUUCCUACACCCACAAUAAAUUUUGAAAAGAGAAAACUUAAAAAAAAAAUAAUAAUAAUUUUGUAUCCUGCCCUUUCCAACUUUGAUUUUUUUUUUUUAGUUUAAAUUGAUUUAUUAUUAUUUAACUCUCGUAGAGACCUACACCUUCCUGCACGAUUUGUUUAUCUCUUUUUCGUUUUUUUUUUAAAUAACUCUUCGUUUGCAUUCAGUUGUGGAUGUUGUUUGUGUACACAGAAGAGAUGCCGCUGUCUUUAAUCGAUAUGUUAUGAUUUUCUUUAAUCGAAAAAGAAGUUUGGAAAUUCCCUUUGUUCUUUUUACUUGUAAUUGUAGAUUUUCUUUUCUCUCUCGUGUUCGUGGUGUACCAAAGUCUCGUCCUAUUUACUAUGAUACUACUGCCUCCCUAUAUUCUCCUCAUCAUCAUAUCUCUUAAUUCUACAACAACAACAACAAAAAAACAUUCUGAAAUUGGCUAGAAAUUUACGUUUUUUUUUUAAAUUUUUAUUUAAUCAGUCAUGGACGUUUUUUCUUUAUCCCUGUCAUUUUCUUUAGGUUCUGUGGCAAAAACAGGUGCGGUGUUAAUUAAUUUAAUAACUUCAAUUUCGGUUCUGCCCGCAAGAAUUUGCGCAUUUACCCCAAAAAAAUAGACUUUUAACAAAUUAUUCUCCAAUUUUUGCAUAUGUUGUAUAACCCUGAUCGUUUCCCACUUUAGUUUCACAACACGAGAAAAAAAAAAAACUAAACAAAAUACAUUGUUUUAUGACAAA